AUGAAAGCCUGCACCACGUCCCUGGAGAGCACCGUGAAGGCCGCCAUGGAGAUGCUCGGCACCACCAGCAGCCAGCUGCAGGGUGGUGGUGGUGACUACGUGUGGGCGACCACGUCGGCGCUCCCCCGCGGUGGCCUGCUGCCACGCCGGGAUCGGAGUGCGUGGGGGUACAAAGCUUACAUGGUCUCGCUUAGCGGCCGCCACGAGGGCCCGACGGUUUCCAUGCUGGCGUUCUGCCAUUUUGACACCUCCGGCUGGAACCCGAUGCACCCGGCGUUCCAGAUACUCAACACCCACCCUGGUGGCAGUACGCCGGUGUGCCACUUCAUGUCGUACGGCAAUCUCGCGUUCGUCAAGAAGGCAGGCACAGCCUAG